AUGUCGCCUGCUCUCACAAUCACACCCGAUACCGCGACAGCCAUUGGAAGGUCAAUGAAAAGUUGGGGUACUCCUCUGCCUACGAGAAAGCUCUCUCCUCACGAGGAUGUUCAUUUUGACAAGGCCCUGAAGCCUCGUGCUUAUGAGAUGGCUGGCACAGACAAAGCGUCCAAGGUCUUGUUUCUAAAUGUUCAAAUUCUGGAUUCCACUGGAGCCGAACCUUUCAAAGGCGACGUGUACAUCGAAGGUGCUCAUAUACGGUAUGUUGGGACCGUUCCGGGAAUCGAAAAGCUUCGACUGGACCCCAGCGUCAAGGUGAUCCAAGGUGCUGGGAGAACUCUCAUGUCUGGCUUGGGGGAUGCCCAUACCCACUUGACAUGGAAUGGAGGCGCAAUAGAAAACCUGGGCAAUCUUGGAGUCGAGGAACAUACACUGACCACGGCUCGGUCGGCGAUGAUGUAUCUGGACUCUGGAUAUACCAUGUGCUAUGGAGCCGCCUCAGCCAAGGAACGCCUGGAUUGUGUUGUCCGCGAUGCCAUCAACCGGGGAAUUUUGCCAGGGCCGCGAUAUCUAGCAAACGGCAAAGAAAUUGCUCGAAGGGGAGGAGAGCUCGCACCAGGAAUCACGGCCUUUGCGGACGGCCCACUGGAGAUGCGAGAGGUCAUCCGGAACCAUGCGAAAAUCGGCGUUGACCAGGUUAAGUUGAGCAUGUCAGGGGAGGAGAUAUUGGAGAGCCGGGCAGCCAAAGACUGCUAUUACACGGAUGAGGAAACGGCAGCUUGUGUUGACGAAGCACACCGACAAGGCCUUAGAGUCUGCUCCCAUGCCCGGUCCCGCGACUCGAUCGCUCAGUGCGUCAGGCACGGUGUGGACGUGAUCUACCAUGCUAGCUACAUCGAUGAAAAGACAAUGGAUGAGCUCGAACAGAAGAAAGAUAGGCACAUUGUCGCACCAGGUCUGAACUGGCUGUAUGCGACUGUCUACGAAGCAGGCCCUUUCGGCUAUUCAUUCAAUCAGGCUGAAAAGGCCGGGUAUAAAAACGAGCUGGAGGUAACAAUCAAAGCCUGCAAGGAAAUGCAUCAGCGAGGGAUUACCAUUCUUCCAGGCGGGGACUAUGGCUUUGCCUGGACUCCCCAUGGUACUUAUGCCAGAGACCUAGGGCAUUUCGUCAAACUACUCGAUUUUACACCGAUGGAGGCUAUCAUUGCUGCCACAGCUGGAGUGGCGAAACUGUUUAUGGAGGAAAGCCAGCUGGGCAAGAUCAAGCCGGGUUACUAUGCAGACUGUAUCUUGGUGGAUGGACAGCCGCUUCAAGAUAUCAGUGUCUUGCAAGACCAUGAUCGGCUAAAUGUCAUCAUGAUUAAUGGGCGGAUCCAUAAAGCAUCGCACCGCGAUUUUGAAAGCACUACGGCUAUAGAUGCCACUCAGGACGAACCGAUAGAGCAUGAGGAGUUCUCCAACUACAUCACUUACCUAGAUGACCAGAACAAGCCUCAUAUCACCCCCUUGGCCAUGCUUUCCGGGGCGCCGGUCAGCUCUUUGUAUCAGGUAAUCGAGCUUCAAAAUGCGGUUGUUCCUAUGGGCGAGCCUUUCGCUUUGGAUAGUGUACGGAUUCAGCCGCCACUUAACGACCGUGACAUUCUGGCCGUGGGUAAGAACUAUGCAGAUCACGCAGUCGAAUUCAACAAGAGCGGAUACGACUCGAGUGACAAGAUUGAUCAACCCUCCCAUCCGGUAAUCUUCACCAAGCGAGCGACCAGCAUUAUCGCCAGUGGCGAGGAUAUUUAUCCCCACCCAGAGUUCACCACGACACUAGACUACGAAGGAGAAAUUGGUGUGAUUGUCGGUCGGCCAGGGUUCCAGAUCUCGGAAGAAGAGGCUAUGGAUUAUAUUUGGGGAUAUACCAUCAUCAAUGAUGUCACCGCACGUGAGAGACAGAGAGACCAUAAGCAGUUUUACCUGGGCAAAUCGGCCGAUUCUUUCUGUCCAAUGGGUCCGAUUGCUGUACCAGCGGCACACCUCCCCAAGAAGCUGCGCGUGCAAACGUUUGUCAAUGGCAAUAAACGCCAGGAUGCAACUACAGAGGAUCUUAUCUUUUCUAUUCCCCGGCUUAUCAAGACUCUUUCCGAGGCCAUUACUCUUCGAGCCGGGGAUAUCGUGGCAACCGGAACUCCUGCUGGAGUGGGAUUUGGGCAGAACCCGGCUAGCUUCCUCAAGACCGGAGAUAAAGUUGAGGUAUCUGUCACCGGGCUUGGUCGUCUCUGUAAUGUUAUUGGGUCUCCCUCAUCGGACAACGCCGUGGCUUCACGAGUUCCCCUUGAGACCCAUCUUGCCAAUCUUAACAUCGAACGCACUUUGAAUGGUACAGGGUUGACAAAUGUGGGCGGAAAGCAUGUCCAUGUUCGCAAGAUGGGCCAUGGACCUGAAGUUGCUGUCUUUGUUCAUGGUCUCGGUGGAACCGGUGAAUACUUCACGCCCAUUAUCAAAUCUAGAGACUUUGAGUCUCGGUAUACAAGUUAUGUUUACGACCUGGAGGGCCACGGAUUGACGCCCACAAACAUCGCAUCCAAAGUCACGAUUGAAAGUCUCGCGGACGAUCUAGCAAAUAUCGUCACUUACACGGGUUCCACCAAGCCCAUUACACUCAUAAGCCACUCACUCGGCUGCAUGAUCGCAAUGAGCUAUGCUAUCCAAAACCCCGAAAAGAUCGACAAGCUUAUACUUAUGGGGCCCGUUGCGCCCCCUCUACCCCCUGCCAACCGUACAGCCAUCGCAAGCCGUGCUCUCGCUGUGCGAUCCAAAGGCCUCCUUGGCUCGGGAACGGCCGAUGCCGUGAGUGAUGCGGGCACAUCCAACGCCACGAAAAUGUUUCAGCCGGUUGCAUAUGCUGCUGUCCGGUCAUCACUUCUUUCGCAAAUCCCAGAAGGAUACGCGAAAGCGUGUAUGGCACUGGUAGAGGCCGAGGCGUUGGAAAUCGAGAAGCUCACAAUGCCUACUUUGGUUCUGACGGGAGAUGAGGACAAAACGUCGCCAGUCGCGUCGGCUGGAAAGUUGUGCGAGCGUCUUCCGGAUUCACGAUUUGAAGUUCUACCAUGCACUGGACACUGGCAUGUGUAUGAGAAUCCGGACGGUGUGUCAAGGGCGAUCAAGUUGUUUGCCUGA